CCACUGUGUGGUCUGCGUGGCGUGCGUGGCGCGCUGAUCUAGAAGAGCUGGACCUGGGAGGUGUGCGAGUGCUGGCUGCGAGAGAGUUUGGCAGACAUGGCUCCUACCGCACGGGCCGCCGAGUCCGAGUAUCCUAAAGGCAUCCGGGCCGUGCUGCUAGGGCCUCCCGGGGCUGGUAAGGGAACCCAGGCACCCAGAUUAGCUGAAAACUUCUGUGUCUGCCAUUUAGCCACUGGGGACAUGCUGAGGGCCAUGGUAGCUUCUGGCUCAGAGCUGGGGAAAAAGCUGAAGGCAACGAUGGACGCUGGGAAGCUGGUGAGUGAUGAAAUGGUAGUGGAGCUCAUUGAGAAGAACUUGGAGACCCCUUCCUGCAGAAAUGGCUUCCUUCUAGAUGGCUUCCCUCGGACCGUGAGGCAGGCAGAAAUGCUUGAUGGCCUGAUGAAGAAGAGGAAAGAGAAACUUGAUUCUGUGAUUGAAUUCUGCAUCCCAGACUCCCUGCUAAUCCGGAGGAUCACUGGAAGGCUGAUUCACCAGAAGAGCGGCCGAUCGUACCAUGAGGAGUUCAAUCCCCCGAAGGAGCCCAUGAAAGAUGAUAUCACAGGGGAGCCCUUGAUCCGUCGAUCCGAUGAUAAUGAGAAAGCCUUGAAAAUCCGCCUGGAAGCCUAUCACACUCAGACUACCCCGCUUGUGGACUACUACAGGAAACGAGGAAUCCACUCUGCCGUCGAUGCCUCCCAGACCCCUGAUGUUGUGUUUGCAAGCAUCCUAGCAGCCUUCUCCAAAGCCACAUGUAAAGACUUGGUUAUGUUUAUCUGAUGUUGGGUUCCCUGUGAAGGGGAUGGCUGGGAAUGGUAGGACAGGCAGGCGCUCCCUUCCUCCAGCUAGCGAGAAUAUCCUAUGAUGUACUGAUUAAAACGUAUUUGCUGGGUGCAUCCUGGGUGUGUGUGCACCUCUCAUCCCAUCUGUGUGUGUGGGGGUCUGUGUGGAAAAGCUGGUGUUCACUCUCCUGCUUUCUAAGUUCAGGGCUGGGUUGCUUUACCAACUGUUAUAUUUGUUUGUUUGUUUUUAUUUUUGUUUUUUGAGACAGGGGCUUGGUUUCACUAUUAAUUCAGGCCGAGUUUGAAUUUACUGUAUAAUCUAGGCUGGCGUCAAACUCACAGCAGUCCUCCUGUCU